AUGAUCAGAGCGUUGAAAAUACUCAACCAACCGAAUCCCAAGUUGUUCCAUCAUCAAAUCCCGGCCAAGAGGUCAGGAAAUGAGUCCAAUGAUGAUGCUUCUGAUACUGAAGGGAAUGAGAACAAAAGCUUUGACUCCGCGACAGAAGUGCAGUCUGAAGCUGAGCAAAUGGAGCCAAAAGCAGAGAUCCGAGACCAAGCAAAUACUGCGAACCAUGGUACUGUCGCUCCCACUUCACAAAUUGUUUCCGAGAACACACUACAAGACAGGCCUGAAUUCCCAGUCAUGGCUGAAGAGCCCGAGCCUGAUGCUGCUCAAGAGGCGUACUUGGAGCCCGAGAAACCAGAAACUGUUGCGUCAAACACUGAAAAUAUUCCAGAAGCCUCCAAAACCAGGGAAAUCUCCGGCCAGGAUAAAGAGAUAACUCCAGAUACAGCACAUACAGAAGCUACUCCUGCACAAAAGGGCGCAAACAUGUCAGCUCCUGUCGAACCGACUCCAACUGACACAGCCAAAAAAGCUGGAGCCCAGCAAAUGCACUCCCUUCAUCCAUUCGCGACAAAGAACAAGGCGCAAGCAAAGAAGGAAAAAGAGACCAAGAAGAAGAAGCAGAAGAAGGAGGACGCUGAUCGAGUUGCCAAGGCCAAGGCCAAUAAGAUUGCAUCCUUGAAGAAAACGAAGAUUGCCACAGAUCCACAGCGAGAGCUUGAGACGUCCAUGGAUUCAACCAGCUCACCCACAGCUGCAGAUGUGCGCUUUGACCUAGACGCAGCUGGUGCAAAAACCGAAAAGCAUACUCCUGAGGAGGCGAAGACUACUGACGUUAAUACGGAAGACAGUCAAAAGAAGGUGAAUAAGGCAGAUGAGAGUGUCCAACAUCCAAAAGUUGAGCAAGCCUCAUCAACCGAGCCUGAGCUGCAACUCGAUUCCAAGCCUCUUCCCUCGCCACAAGUACUGAGCUCCACUUCCGUGUCAAGGAAAGUCAUCUCCCCCAAUACUCAGUCUCAUGACGAAGCAGGGCCUUCCAACAAAGAUUCUACUACUACUCCUACUACUCACAUACUGGAAUGCGAAACAGGAUCAGAUAAAAAGCCAUCCACAUCAUUGCUGGCCAUUCCAACUUCGUCUGCAGAGAAAUCUGAACAUGACCAGUCCAAUCCUCCACAAGGUACACCUACUGGAGAGACUGCCGCCCAGUCUGAAAACGCCUCAGCCGAGACACCCAAGAAGAAGAAAAGAAAGAACAAGAAGAAAAAUAAGAAGAAGACACCUGCUUCUGAACUUAGCACCGAUGGCCAAUCUGCAGCAGAUGAACGUGCCUCCAAGCCUGUUGUUCCGCAUUCUUGGGACAUGCACCGUUACGAUCCCUUCACUUCGCAGAUGACCCAUAUUGAAGCCAUUCGAUUCGCUGUCAAACAUGAUACUUCGUCCUAUUUUGCACAAACAAAUGCACGAAUGGAGACGAAAAGGAGGGUGCAAGAGGCUAAUGAAGCAUUGUUUAAUUCACUCUGCAAUCUUGUCAGAGGUUCGAAGAUUAUCUUGCGUACUUUGUCCAGCGGAAUGAUGAAGUUUGUGAGAAGGGAGGCGUGGAGUAUGGGCGCGGGCACUAAGCAUGAUUGCUGGAAAUUCCGAACAUGA